GAAGAACAUGGACGUCCUCGAAGCAUCACCUGCAGCAGUGCAUUCCAACAAUACUACAGUACAAGGAAAAGCGAAGAUAUACUUUUGCGGCAAACACCGCGGAUUGCGGAGAAGGACGAGGUUUGCGGCCAGAACAUUACUGAAGGAACGGAACGGAGCACUACCCCAAGGUAGGGCGGUUACGAGUGGUCCAAAAAUAUCUCUGACAGAAGCCUAUCGUAUCGUGCUGGCACUGCUGUAUCACCUGCAGUGCCUACUCGUACUUCUACAAAGUACAGUGCCUAAACCCCCCAACUGGACCCUGAGGCCUAGGCGAGGCAGCCGCUGUUUGACCCCUUCGAGACCCACCUGCCCGCACCAAAGCAACCUUGAACGCCAACCAGCGCAGCGUUGACCCUCAAUACGACGAUACUCGAGUACUUCCAUUGGGAACACCCACGCCCACGCCUGCAACCUUCACCGCGCCCGCAUCAAAGCAUCCACCAUAGCAACAAACAACAGUCGGCUCUUGCUGUCACUACAACGGUCACUGCAACACCUCCCAACACCACCGCGCCACCAUGAAGGCCAUGAAGAGCAUGAACGUCAACCGAAUGCUGGGUUCCCUGAAGCGCAAACGUAGCCAUCCCCCUCCCUCCACUACCGAGGUUCCCCCCCAGAUCUGUGCCAAAGCUGACCAUGAACUGCAGCCAGGGAAACGGUAUCGCCAGCUGAAGUCGAAGAAGAAGUAAUUGAUCCUCAAGCCGACACCCCCGAAGCAAGCGCGGUUCGAAAUGUGGUAAGUGGCAUUGCUGAAGUGAGGGGAUACACGGUUGGAUACUGAUUGGCGCCCAGCGGAAAUUCUGCGAAUCCGGAGGACCAAAUGGUUCGGUAAGUAGCAUGAACAUUUUGGGUACGGGCAAUGGGCAGACUAACAGCGAGUAGGGAGAAGAAGUAUUGUUUCUGCCAGCUAUCGUCGAAGCAUGCGAAUCUUCCCCAUCCGCCGCAAAGGCAUCCGCCUACGCCAUCCGGAAAUACCUCUCCAAGGACAAUUUUGCAAAACCAUAUAUUCAAUACAAUGCCAUCAUGCUGAUCAGAAUCUUGGCUGACAACCCGGGCAAAACUUUCACGAGGAAUAUGGAUUCGAAAUUUGUACAGACAGUAAAGGAAUUGCUGAGAAUGGGACGGGAUCCUAGUGUAAGGCAGAUACUGAUGGAGACGUUGGAUACAUUUCAAAGAAAAAAGGCGGAUGACGAGGGAUGCGCCAUGUUGAACGAGAUGUGGAAGAGGGAACAAGAGAAAAUGGUUAAGCUAGCUGUAUGGUGCUUAUUCAAAAAUUGCCGGACUUCUGCUAACCAAUACUAUUUUAGGGCCCAGCAGGACCUCGUACGUUGAACGCCCCACCACAUGACAACAGCCAAAACUACUUUGCUCGAAAUCACCACAGCAAACGUUUACCUGCUCCGCAUGAGCUCUCUUCCCGAAUUGAAGAAGCCCGAACUUCCGCCCAACUGCUUUCCCAAACCGUUCAAAGCACGCCCCCUUCCGAAUUCCUCCAGAAUGAGCUCGUUCGCGAGUUCGCAGACCGGUGCCAGAGCGCAAGCCGGAGCGUUCAAGCGUACAUGGUCGCCGAGAACCCAGCACCAGAUAACCAAACGAUGUUGACAUUAAUUGAAACGAAUGAACAAUUAAACAAAGCCAUGAACCAACACCAAAGAGCCGUUCUUGCGGCACGACAAGCUGCCGGAAUUGGAAGCCAGUCCAACACCCCACCACCGCGAACUGACUCGGGAUUCGCGCCGCCACCAGGACCACCACCAAAUCGAGCAACCAGCAAAUCGUCUAAAUAUACACCACCAGUCCCACCUCCUGGGGAUUUCGCACCAACAGGCUUAGAUGAAGACCCCUUUGCGGAUCCCAAAGAGUCCAAAUCCAAAUCCAAAUCCAGGAGUCCACCGUUUCCAAAAGACCAACCUCAACAAGCUACGGGUCAGUUCAACGACAAUCAUGGUGUUGAACCCUACCACCCAGGUUUCCGAGAAACUGAAAGCUAUCCUGCGAGGCAGGACAGCUCGGUAGGAAGUGCAACGAUGUCUGCGGCUGGUGGGGAAGCGAGAAAUGCGGGGUUGGAAGAUAGCUAUGGGGUUCCGCCGCCGAAGAAUAAGACUCCUGUUUAUAAGUACUAGAUGACGGGAAAUACAUGUCUUGCAAUGGCUUGUUAAGACUGGAUGGGGAGGAACUAGGAUGGGAGAGGACGGUGAUUUCAUGCGAGCAUUUUGAUGACCCCUUUUGUUGUUUUCCAUGACUGAGCGAAUUAAGUUGGCUUUUUUGGCGGUUACAGCAGCACAUCAUAUCACAUUUUACAUUUCCUUCUGACGACUUUUAGAAUGAGGUAGGCGGUGAGGGGUUCUUCCUCGAUCUAGUCUUGAAAUCUCGUUUUUUUGAUACCAAUUUAUUUGAUGAACUUCUAGGAAGAAUUGUGGUCUUGAUUGUGUAUAGUGAUGGUGUGCUUUGGAUUCGUGCUUGAAGGGAAAUAUGUCGGGAUUUGUAUUCUGGGUUCCUAUCUAGGCGGUCUGUAGGCGGUUUGUACUGGUGGGUGGUAAGUUGGAAAUCGAUAGGCUCUCUAUUUACGUCUUGGGAUAUAG